AUGACCAGUGGUGAAGCUCAUCAGAAAUCAGGCAUCAGACACACCACAGGGAUUACAGGCAAGACACACCAUAGGGAUUACAAGCAAGACACACCACAGGGAUUACAGGCAACAGUCACACCACAGGGAUUACAGGCAAGACACACCAUAGGGAUUACAGGCAAGACACACCAUAGGGAUUACAAGCAAGACACACCACAGGGAUUACAGGCAACAGUCACACCACAGGGAUUACAGGCAAGACACACCAUAGGGAUUACAAGCAAGACACACCACAGGGAUUACAGGCAACAGUCACACCACAGGGAUUACAGGCAAGACACACCACAGGGAUUACAGGCAUCAGACACACCACAGGGAUUACAGGCAAGACACACCACAGGGAUUACAGGCAUCAGACACACCACAGGGAUUACAGGCAAGACACACCAUAGGGAUUACAAGCAAGACACACCACAGGGAUUACAGGCAACAGUCACACCACAGGGAUUACAGGCAAGACACACCACAGGGAUUACAGGCAUCAGCCACACCAUAGGGAUUACAGGCAUCAGACACACCACAGGGAUUACAGGCAACAGUCACACCACAGGGAUUACAGGCAUCAGUCACACCAUAGGGAUUACAGGCAUCAGACACACCACAGGGAUUACAGGCAUCAGCCACACCAUAGGGAUUACAGGCAACAGUCACACCAUAGGGAUUACAGGCAACAGUCACACCACAGGGAUUACAGGCAUCAGACACACCACAGGGAUUACAGGCAUCAGCCACACCAUAGGGAUUACAGGCAUCAGACACACCACAGGGAUUACAGGCAUCAGACACACCACAGGGAUUACAGGCAUCAGCCACACCAUAGGGAUUACAGGCAUCAGACACACCACAGGGAUUACAGGCAUCAGACACACCACAGGGAUUACAGGCAUCAGUCACACCAUAGGGAUUACAGGCAACAGUCACACCACAGGGAUUACAGGCAACAGUCACACCACAGGGAUUACAGGCAUCAGUCACACCAUAGGGAUUACAGGCAACAGUCACACCAUAGGGAUUACAGGCAUCAGUCACACCAUAGGGAUUACAGGCAACAGUCACACCACAGGGAUUACAGGCAUCAGACACACCACAGGGAUUACAGGCAUCAGCCACACCAUAGGGAUUACAGGCAUCAGACACACCACAGGGAUUACAGGCAUCAGACACACCACAGGGAUUACAGGCAUCAGCCACACCAUAGGGAUUACAGGCAUCAGACACACCACAGGGAUUACAGGCAUCAGACACACCACAGGGAUUACAGGCAUCAGUCACACCAUAGGGAUUACAGGCAACAGUCACACCACAGGGAUUACAGGCAACAGUCACACCACAGGGAUUACAGGCAACAGUCACACCACAGGGAUUACAGGCAACAGUCACACCACAGGGAUUACAGGCAACAGUCACACCACAGGGAUUACAGGCAACAGUCACACCACAGGGAUUACAGGCAACAGUCACACCACAGGGAUUACAGGCAUCAGACACACCACAGGGAUUACAGGCAUCAGCCACACCAUAGGGAUUACAGGCAUCAGUCACACCAUAGGGAUUACAGGCAUCAGACACACCACAGGGAUUACAGGCAUCAGACACACCACAGGGAUUACAGGCAUCAGCCACACCAUAGGGAUUACAGGCAUCAGUCACACCACAGGGAUUACAGGCAACAGACACACUAUGGGGUUUAUUAUCACAUGA